AAGAUUUGCAGUAGUAGGCAUAGCAUGUUUAAAGUAGACAGCUUAGUGAGACACUUGCUUAGACAUGGCAUAGAAGAAAAACUUGAAGAAAAUACUGUGGGAAAUAACAUAAACGUAACAAUAAAUCAAUCAUUAACGGAAGAAAAUAACGUCGAUGCAUCUUGUCAUCAUACUUCUACAUAUUUGAAAGAUCCAGAAAACUCGAAGGAUUUAAAAAUAUACGGUGCGGACGUAACACCACAGGAGAAGAAUAUGCAAGAAAGUUGGAUAUGGAAAUAUUGCACUAGAGUUGGACAAAACGAUAGCAGAAAAUGCAAUAUUUGUGAUCGUGAUACUGAUAGUUAUUUACUCACGAGAGAACACUUAUUUCGUGAACAUGGAAUAUAUCAUGAUGAAGACGUCGAUCGAAGCAACUUGAUUUGGCAAUAUUUUACAGAAGAAGAAAGGUAUACUCCAACAUGUAAGCUUUGUAACAAAGUGCUUUCGAAUGGAUAUAAUGAAUACAAUUUAGAGCAACACAUAAUAUCUGUACACCCACAAAUAAUGAAAGAAAUAGGAAAAAAAAUAGAACAUAUGUGGGUAUCACAACAUUUCACAUUGAGCAUAUCAAAUCGUGAGAUUAAAUGCAAGAUUUGCUGUAAAAUAUAUAACAUGGUUAAAGUAGAUUCCUUUACAAAUCACUUGCUCAAACACGGCAUAAACGAAAAAAUCUCAAGAAAAUACUGGGGAAAAUUACACAAACGUAACAAUGAAUCAGUCAAUCACUGA